AUAUUCGCAUUCGCUGCUAUUCACAUAGUGUACGGCUCGCUUCUGCUAAAACCGUGGAUUCGUCAAAGCGUCAAGGUCAAUAUAGUCAAUUCAAGUCCUUCCUCCUCCUUCCUCCAGUUCGUCGAAAACGUUUAAACGUCGCCGUCAUGCUCCCUGCUCCAUCGACUCAACCCAGAGAGAGAAAGAAAACUUGUAGAGAGAGAAAGUCCGUGUGAGACUCGGAGAGAGAGAGAGAGAGAGAGAGAGAGAGAGAGAGAGAGAGAGAUAGUCUUCUUCCUUGCUUCUUCUGAAACCCUAAUUGUUUGAGAGCAUUUUGGUUUUCUGGGAAUUCUAAGAAAGUCUUGAGAGAUCAGAGGAAAAUGGUAGGGGCUUCGCUUGUGGGGCUCCAAGAACACCUGAAGCUGGCUAGGGAAUACGCUCUUGAAGGACUCUAUGAUACCUCCAUUAUCUUCUUUGACGGUGCCAUUGCUCAGAUCAACAAGCAUCUAAGCACACUUGAUGAUCCUUUGGUCCGUGCAAAAUGGAUGAAUGUGAAGAAAGCCCUUUCUGAGGAAACAGAAGUUGUGAAGCAACUUGAUGCAGAGAGGAGGGCUUUCAAGGAAAUUCCAAUGGGCCGACGACCUCCUUCCCCUCCAAUAAAUUCCAAGUCUUCAUUUGUUUUUCAACCAUUAGAUGAGUACCCGACUUCUUCUGGUGCAGCCAUGGAUGAUCCCGAUGUAUGGAGGCCACCAAGUCGGGAUUCAAAUAGAAGACCUGCAAGGGCUGGUCAAGUUGGUAUGAGGAAGUCAUCACAAGAUGGGGCUUGGGCUCGUGGUGGCUCUACUAGAACAAGUACAACUGCUCGUGGUGCAAAAACUGGUGGAUCAAGUAGGGUUAACUCAGGGGUGAGAGCAUCAACUACUGGAAAGAAAGGCAGUGGUUCUGGAAAAUCUAGCAAGUCAGAUUCAGCAAAUGGUGAUGCUGAAGAUGGAAAGUCCAAGAGAUCACAAUAUGAGGGACCUGAUCCUGAUUUGGCUGCAAUGCUUGAAAGAGAUGUGCUGGAAACCAGUCCAGGCGUGAGAUGGGAUGAUGUUGCAGGUCUGACUGAAGCAAAAAGACUUCUAGAAGAAGCUGUUGUGCUUCCUUUGUGGAUGCCAGAAUAUUUCCAGGGAAUUAGGAGACCAUGGAAAGGUGUUCUUAUGUUUGGUCCUCCAGGAACUGGGAAGACAUUACUUGCUAAAGCAGUUGCUACUGAGUGUGGCACGACGUUCUUCAAUGUUUCAUCUGCUACAUUAGCUUCAAAAUGGCGUGGAGAGAGUGAGCGCAUGGUACGGUGCUUAUUUGAUCUUGCAAGAGCUUAUGCGCCAAGUACAAUCUUUAUUGAUGAGAUUGAUUCUCUCUGCAAUGCCCGGGGAGCAUCUGGAGAGCAUGAGUCAUCUAGAAGGGUGAAAUCUGAACUUCUUGUUCAGGUAGAUGGUGUAAACAAUACUUCCACAAAUGAAGAUGGCAGCCGGAAAAUAGUGAUGGUUUUGGCAGCUACUAACUUCCCCUGGGACAUAGAUGAGGCACUGAGGAGAAGGCUGGAAAAGCGAAUAUAUAUUCCCCUUCCAAACUUUGAGAGCCGAAAGGAGCUUAUUCGGAUUAAUUUGAAAACUGUUGAGGUGGCACCUGAUGUAAAUAUCGAUGAUGUGGCUCGCCGAACUGAGGGAUACAGUGGUGAUGACCUCACAAAUGUUUGUCGUGAUGCCUCCUUGAAUGGUAUGAGGCGCAAAAUAGCUGGAAAGACACGUGAUGAGAUUAAGAACAUGUCCAAGGAUGAGAUCUCGAAGGACCCAGUUGCCAUGUGUGAUUUUGAGGAAGCCUUGGUGAAGGUCCAAAGAAGUGUUUCCGCAGCUGAUAUUGAAAAGCAUGAGAAAUGGUUUGCAGAAUUUGGAUCGGCAUAGAGUAAAUAUGACCAGGAGGAAAAUAAUGACUUCGUUUUCUGACUUUGAGUUUGCUGAAUGCUGAGUGUCUCUGUGUGUAUGUGUGUCUACUAAUUAUUCUUUGGUAUUUUCUCUGUUUUCUGGCGGAUUCAGAGUAAAUUUGUGUCUUGGGAAGUGUUGGAAAGUUGUCAUAUUGUUGUGCUGUAUUGUAUGUGUAGCCAUUCAUGUAAUGUAAUUCAAAUACUGCUUGCAAAACUGUAUUUCGUUCCAAAUGAAAAUUUCUUUGAAGCAAUGAAUCUGCUGGAAAUUUUCAGA